AUGGAACAAUGGAGAGAUGAAAGACGAUUAAAAAAGUUCGAAAUAUUAUUCAAUUUUGGUAUAACAACGUUUGAAAAAUAAUUGAAUAUACGUACAGCAGCGAAACGGGGUGAUCUCAAUGUGAUGCGACGCGCUUUCAAACACUAAAGUGACGUUUCCCGCCAGAAUUUCGUCUAGCUGCUCUCUGAUUGGCUGAAACGGCGCGUCUACCCCAGCAAAUCAACGCGCGCGAAAAAUUCAAAUUCUACGUUCCGUAGAAGAUUCUACUAUUCUUCUAUGAAACCUCAUAUAAUCGCAAAGAACGGUUCUCAACGUAGAAAUUCUAUAUACGAAAAAUAAAUAUUCGUGUUUCAACGAAUAUUUAUGAGAUUCAUUUUGAAAGAAAAGUCUCGCACGAGAAAUAUUUAAUAGCUAUAAUAAAUUCGAUCGAUCGUGCUGAUAAUAAAACUUACAUUUUUUUCCCCAUCUUUAACAUCUUCAAAGUCGAAUGAAAUGUUUCGUUAAUUUUUGAAAAAUAUAUUUGCUCUAUAAAAGAAGAGAAGAGGAAAUUUAUCCACUGUACAAAUUAAACUAGUGCAGAACUUUUAAUUUAAUUGGAAAUAGAUAUUAUAGAUAUUGUCAAAGAGGAGAGAAGCUUGAAACUGAAUCAAAGAGAUUUGUGGAUUAAAAACGCAUUUGUAAAUUUGUUUCUUGAACAUUUGGUCAGUCGAUGGGUCAACUACAUCUAGCGGUGAGACAAUGGUACUAAUUAGAAACUACGUGUACAAACAAACAAGCAAAUUUCUCCGCUUUUUAGGAUAAUCGUCUUCUUCUCGACGAAUGAAAGCUCAUAGAACGCUCAUAAAAGUCAAGUAUGUAUUAAAUAAUCGAAGCAGUCAGUGUUGGUUUCUUUUUAAAAAUUCCCUUACCGUUUUGUUGCAGGUUAUUCGACAGCGGCGCUUCUCGCCAUUCUGUUUUGCAUCCCUUUCGCGCUCAGAGUGUUUAUUCACAAGGAAACAGGCCGAUGGAGCAAUUGGACGCAAGCCUUCUAUCAUACUCAUCUGGAACUUUUCCUAGGAAACGGCUGUUUGGGAGUCGGAGUGAUGAUGCUGCUAGCAUUGACGGUGGAACGUUACAUUAGCGUUUGCCGACCUGGUCAGUACACUCGUCCGCUCUGUGGCCCCCCACAUUUGACGGUGGUGCUGAUACCUCUCGCGACGUUUCUGCUUUAUCUGCCGAGUGCGUUCCGUGGAGAAGUGACGACAUGCCUUUUAACACCCGAUGGCCCUGUCAUUUAUCAAAAGAGGGAGAAUCAGUCGUAUCUCGACUCGACGUUUUAUCAGGUAUACAAGGUAGUUUUGGAGAUGGUUUUCAAAGUAGCGCCAACGAUACUGCUGGCUGGCUUCAAUCUUCGAAUAAUGGUGGUGUAUCGACGAUCGUGCGAACGUCGCCGGCGAAUGACGUUGUCGAGAACAGCGAGCAACGACGAGGACCCGAGAACGUUCGCGGAGGAAAGAAGGCUGGUGCUUCUUCUAGGCAGCACCAGCAUCUUGUUUCUCGUUUGCGUCAGCCCUAUGGUAAUUCUGAAUGUCACUUUGAGGGAGAGCAAUCUCAGUCACUAUCCUUACCAGGUGUUUCGCGCUCUGGCCAAUUUGCUAGAGGUAAUCAAUUACUCGAUCACGUUCUACAUCUACUGCAUGUUCUCGGAAGAUUUCCGAAACACCUUGGUCCGCACUCUGCAGUGGCCUUGGCGGAAAAGCAGCCACGGGGCAAGAGGACUUGCGAUGAAACGAUCCUCCGUACCGAGACCAACCACCACCACCAUCACCACUACCACCACCACCGCCACCACUACCGCUGUUGCGACUCCUGGUCAUUUAGCGCGUGCCAGCGUUUAG